AUGGGGGCGCAGGGAGCCGGUUGUCACACCCUCUGCCUUUGCAGGCACUACGAGACCUUCACCAACUGCACGGAGGUGGAGACCAACGUGGUGGGCUGCUACUGGCCCAACCCCCUGGCGCAGGGGUUCAUCAGCGGCGUCCACAGGCAGUUCUUCGCCAACUGCACCGUGGACAGGACGCACUGGGAGGACCCCCCGGACGAGGUUCUCAUCCCGCUCAUCGCUGUGCCUGUCCUGCUGACCGUGGCCAUGGCCGGCCUGGUGGUGUGGCGCAGCAAGCGCCCUGACCAGCUGCUGUGAGGCUCGGCGGUCAGA